CCUUCUGAAGAGAAAGAAAAUGGAGAGAAAAGGCAAACCAAGGAAGAAACAAGUGUCCGGAUCGAUGAUGGUCAAUAUCAUCGUUUCUUUCUCUGCUACCAAGUUCCCUGCUCCUCUCACCUUGUUCAUUUUUCUUUCAUGUUUUCUCCACCUCCAAGUUCUUGCUGAUACCUCACCUACCGCAAGGGAAACGCUAGAUGUUACAAUAGGCGGUGGUGGCUAUUACCAAUAUCCACCUCCACCUCCCGAAACCAAAUAUUCACCACCACCACCUCCUCCUCCUCCCGAGCCCAAAUAUCCACCGCCACCACCGGCUUUUGAAAGUGAACGACUCAAGUUAGUGUAUCCUUACAUCGUGGAAUUAAGAAAACGACUCGAGUACCAUGACCCCAAAGGCAAAUUGAAGUCUUGGAAAGGCACAAAUAUCUGCAAAUUCGAGGGCUUGUACUGUGAAACCGUGCCAGAUUUUAAAGUCAAAGCACUCGCCGGUAUUGACUUCAACGGUUUCAAUUUUGGCUUAGGUUCCAACGUAAGCCUUGAGGGUAUCAUCGAGAAUCUCUCUGAUCUCGCUAUCUUCCACGCCAACUCCAACUUCUUCACCGGUAAAAUCGUCUCCCAGAUCGGCAAACUCCGAUUUUUGUACGAGUUGGACUUGAGCAACAACAAAUAUACUGGUUCCUUCCCAAUGCCCGUCCUAAACGCUAAAAACCUGUCCUUCUUGGACCUUCGGUUCAACAGCUUUUGUGGGUACCUCCCACCUGACGUGUUUACGCUGAACCUAGACGUUCUCUUCGUCAACAACAACCAAUUCGACGGUCCGAUCCCCUAUAACCUCGGUAGCACGCCGGCACGUUAUAUCACUUUUGCUCACAACAGGUUCUCGGGUUCGAUCCCGCGAAGCAUUGGCAAGGCCGCGGGUACCUUAACUGAGGUGCUCUUCCUCAACAACCAGUUGUCAGGUUGCCUACCCUACGAGAUUGGCCUCCUGAAGAAGGCAACGGUGUUCGACGCCGGGAACAACCAUUUGACGGGUCCGAUACCGUACUCGUUCGGGUGCUUGAAGAGAAUGCAGCUGCUCAGCUUCGCCGGUAAUAAACUUUACGGGCAAGUACCGGAGGUAGUGUGCGCACUUCCUAAGCUUGCUAACUUGUCUCUGUCGGACAAUUACUUCACUCAGGUGGGUCCCAAGUGUAGGCACUUGAUCAAGAAGGGGCGACUCCAUUUAGAAAACAAUUGCAUUCUGGACCUGAAAUCACAGAGAUCACCGGCUGAAUGUGAGAAGUUCUUUUCAUCAAGCAUGGAGUACUGCAGCUACGAGAAGACGUUUAAUGUGAUUCCAUGCAAGCUUCGUCACCAUUCUAAGAAAGCCUCGUCAACUCCUCCCUCAGCACCAGCAGUCAGUCCCUCGCCUUCUUAUAAGGCUCUCUUAAGGCAUCGGCUGUGAUAGAGAUAGACUGGCAUCUCUCUCUCUCUCUCAUGCAGUUGGGCUUCGUCAUUCAUACUCUGUUAUGUUGUAUUAAUGAAUAAUAAUUCCUCGUCGCGUGGUAAAAGCAAUUAAAAAUAACGAAAAUCUCCCUGUAAGCUCUGUAGCGUUGUACUGUUGUAGUAGUAAAGUAACACAAUAAGCUGUUCAACUGAUUUCCUUAAUUCAUCGUGCUUGCCAUGUUUGAGUUAACAGCCCUUGGUCAAACAAAGAGAGUACAACUUACCUUCA